AUGCAACCACCUUCCUUUGUAGGAGUGCAACCAUCCUUCUUUCAUAGGAGUGUAGCCACUCUUCCUUUAAAAUGCUGUGAAAAGCCAGAGCUUUCAGUGAUAGUUGGAGGUGAUAUCACAGGCCUUGAUUAUGAUGAAAUAUCAGAACGCAUCAAAGCUACUACAAAAUUUGAUUUUGUCCAUAUGCAGAAGAAGGAGGAUAAAAGUUUUGGUCAUGUUCACUUUGAAUUAUGGGAAAAAGCAUCUCAGUUUUAUUAUAGUACAAUGGAGAAGCGUUUCUAUUAUGAUGAUGAUAAAGAAAAGGAUACUGAGAUAACCAAUACUGGAACCUUAACUACUGUUUCAUCAAGAGUUGAGAUUAGCAAUUAUAAUGAUAUAAAUAAGAAUACUGAGAUGGCCAAUACUACCUCAACUUCUGUUUUAUCAAGUGUUGAGAUUAGCAAUUAUAAUGAUAUAAAUAAGAAUGAGAGAAAAUCUCCUGAAUCUCCUAUCAGUGUGUCAUAUGGGCUCUACAAGGACAACCAUACAUUUAAUAUAGUUUUGCAUACAUCUGGUAUUAGAAACAAAGUGGAUCUCUUAGUCUCUUCUGUUAGCGAUAAGUUGAUCAUUAUUGAGGGGAAUUUCAGUGAAAAGACUGUUCCUGGAAAAUCUAUCAAAAAUUUCUUACCUGUAGGAUCGUUUAAAGCAAAAGUGAAACUUCCAAGCGGAUGA